AUGCCUAGGCAUAUGAAGACAACUCUAGUGGCCCAUUUCAAGGCUAGCUUUGAUGGGUUGCCAGUAUUCUCCAGUGUUCUGGGUAGUGACGAACCUUUCAAAUGUCUCCACUUCUCCUGGUGGAACAGAUAUGGGACUCAGACAUUGAUCAAGGGUUGUGGGGCACCUAUUGAUGCGCACCCACAUGAAUUAGACGUCACUAACAAAACCCAGAUGAUCCCUUAUUUGUCAAAGGAGGGCUCAGACAAUGAGCAGCUUUAUUUGAACUUGCAGGAUGCUUUUGCAGAUGUUUUCCAAUGGAUUUCUGAUGUUAUGGAAUUUUGCCUACCAGAAGAAUACUCUAUGCUAGCCAAGAUAGUUGAUACACUUCCUGGAAAACCAGGAUCUCCAGUCACUCCUUUUUUAUCUCUUGUUAUUAAUAUUAAUGAUCACAUCCUUUGUCUUGUCCUUCCAUUGGGAGAUUUUACAGAGGGUGCUCUUGUGUUACAUGAGCAGGGACUUGUUCUUGAACUGAAGAGUGGAGACUUUGCCAUUUUCAGACCUAAGGAGUCAACACACUUUAAUUUAGAUUAUCAGGGUGAGAGAGCCUCAUUUGUCUUACACACAGAUGGUUUUGGAAGGGAUAGAGGGGACACAGGUCUUGCCAUUUUUGCUAGUUUUUUUUCGAGGACUUCAAUGCCUAGAGUUACACGGUCCAAACAAUCUACUGUUCUCAGAACUAGGGGCAGAGGUGUAGCAAAUGAUCUAGUGACAGCAUCUUCUCCAUCACCACCUCCUUCAACCCAGCCUAGGCAGCCUAGACAGCCCCAGCUACAUCAAAAGAAAAAGACUACUUUUGCAAGACCUAAUGCCACAGCACCCAGCAAAGAAGACGGAAUCCUGCCCGGGGCUCUUCUAGCAAGAAAAAAGGCUGCAUUAGCCUCAGAAGCUGAGGCAGAGAAAUCUGCUAUGCAUAAGAGAGUAGCAGCAAUGUUGGCUGAUGAAGAAGAUUCUGAAGGAGAUGACCUACAUGGCAAGAAAAUAUGUCUGAAUGGUGAUGAUAAUGACAAUAAUGAUAAUGAGGAUGUUGCUGAUGAUGAUGAUAAUACUGAUGAUGGCAAGAAUAUGAUAGAUAAUAUUCUGGGUCCCGCAGAAUAUCUACCUCUAUCAGAUGAUAAUGAGGAGAAGGAGGAGGACAGUUCCCCAAAAGAGUUGUGGAUGAUAAUGAGAUUGUAA